CUAGAGGUGGCGAAGCAGUCAGUCAGUCGCUGAGUGCACUUGGAGGACAUCAUGCUACAGCUCGACGCGGUCGUUUGGCACGCCAGCUUGUUCGAGUACCUCGGCUGCGCCGACUGGGUGCGCCUCGCGUCUGUGAGCAAGACGCUGCAGCGGGUCCUAGCCACGGUUCCUGUGUCGCACAUCGUGGCCCUGGGUGCUGGUAGGCGGCUGCCGGCCGUCGUCCAGGCGCGCUGGCCCUGCCUCCGCCUCGCCGUGCAUCUCGGACCAGAAGCGCAUGACGCCAUCACCGACACGGAUGCUUUUGCGUGCGUCCAUACGUUGCACAUCACAAGAUGCCACCGCCUCGCCGUCGUGGGGCCGCUGCCGCGCCUCCGACGCCUCCAUCUCGACCACUGCGCCGGCGUCGAGCAUCUCUGCGCAUUGGGCGACCUCGAGGUCCUCUCCGUGUCGAGCUGCCCCGAGCUGCACGCGCCGUCGCCGCUGCCACAAACAAAAACGCUGGUUGUCACGCAGUGUCCACAGUGGACCAACUUCAAGGCGUGGACGGCCCUUGAGGCGCUUACGGUCGAAGCCCACAACGCGCAUGCGGUGGUUGUCUUGGUCCCACGGCAGCUACGACGGCUGCGCCUCGUGCACUGUACGUUUGCGCCCGCCGACAUCACAGCCAUCCCCCACGUGGAGCUGGAGGCGUGCUUGCCGUCGACACUGCCCCGUGCGUCCGACCUCGUUGUAAAAACCACGGGACCAAACAACUCGCGUGUGGUGGAUGUCGCGCCGCUCGCUCACCUCUCGGCGGUCGAUCUCUCUGGCAGCUGGUGCCUCGACGACGUCCGACCGCUGGCUCGCGUCCACACGCUCAACCUCACCGACUGCACGGCGCUUACCAACGUCGAUGCGCUCUGUGCUGUCGACGAUCUCAACCUGACCAACUGCUACCGCAUCUCGAACGUGCGCGCCUUACAGAGUCAAAGGAUGUAUCUCGUGUCGGUCGCCUCGCACAUCUCCAUGCUGGAUCGCGUCCAGCACCUGGACGUGACAGGCCUCGGGCGGCUUACGUCGGUGGCUGGUCUUGCCGCGCUCAAGACGCUCGUCCUUGGUGGCCACCGACAACUCUGCCUCGACGCACCCCUCCGUCACUUGCGCUCGAUCUAUAUCACCGACUGCAUCCAGAUCACCUCCAUCGAUGCCCUUCGCGGUGUGCCCACUGUUCACAUCGAUGGCUGCCGGCAGCUCGUGGAUGUCUCGCCGCUUGCGCUCGCUAGCGACGUAUCGCUGCGCCACUGCCCGCUUCUCACCGAUGUCUCUUGCCUCCGCGCCGUGCACACGGUGGACCUGCGGCACUGCGCCCAAGUGACAGACAUUGCCGCCCUUGAAGACGUCAACUGCUUGCAUCUCGAGCGCAUCCCGUUCACCUCGGCGCGGGGUAUUCACCGCGUCAAGCGGCUGACCAUCGACGCGUGCUGGGGCUUUAGCAACUGCCAUCUGCUGCGCCCGAGCGUGGCGUUAUACGGUUGCGGCUGCAACAUCCAUUCCAAUCGCUAAAGGAACACGACCGUUCUCGUAGUCCAUUGAACCAUCGGUCCGACGUGUUAAGUGGCGUAAUUCCGGCGGCCAAAGAUCGUCGAGCCCACGCGCACG